AUACAUGCUAUCGUUUAUUCUUUUACGAACCACUUAGUACUUUCUGCUUGCUUAUUUUCAUUAGAAGGCCAUUGGCUUUGACUGAGACAAACGCAAGAAUGGCCUCCGUCGCGCGUGACCGGGGUGGCCCCAGGGUUGACGCUCUCUAUAACCUAAUGCAGUCCUAUGAGAAUAAGCUUGGUGGUGGAGAAGGCAUUGAAGGACUCUACGGCAGCAUUACACAAGCUAGUAUGCAGAAAGUUAUUGAAUGCCUAAAGCACAACUCUGCGCUGGACCACCGCAGCGUCUUCAUUGACAUCGGCGCCGGGCUCGGCAGGCCACUGCUACACGCGCUCGUCGCGGCCGGGGUUUCCACGACAUGGGGCGUGGAGCUUGACCGUGUAAAAUGCGACAAGGCCGCUGCCUUCUGCGAGCACGUCAUUGACAACCUCAAAACCAAGGAGAUGUUGCCGGCGGACACCCGGGUCCCCGCCGUCAUAUGCUCGCCCAUCGAGAAGAUUCCCUCCCUGGACCCCGCCACGCACGCCUACUCGUUCUGGGAGGGAGUGCCCGGCUCGGGCAAGCAGGCGUUCGGGCAGCUCUUCGCAGCCUCCAGGACACUGCGGGCGGUUGCGGUGGUGCAGCGGGCCAUGCGCGGGCAGGAGCCGGCCGCCGUGAUGCGCGACCUGGGCUUCGGACCCGUGCUGCUCAUCGCCAGCUUCCCCGUCAAGAUGUCGGGCAGCGGCCGCUCCUUCACCGCCUACGUCUUCACCAAGAUAGCCCCCGCCGCCGCCACCUUCCUGGCCCACGCCGCGGGGCUGCCCUCCCUGGCUCCAGUACCCCUGCCGCCGCCCUCGCCCACCGCCGCCGACGUCAUGUCGCCUCCGCAGCAGCCCAGGCAGCAGCGCGCGAGGCCCGGUGCAGCGGGGGCGCCGCGGCGGGCUGCCGCCAAGGGGUCUGCUGCAGCUGGGAAGAAGGCGGCGGCGGUGAAGGCGGCGGGCAGCAGCAAGAUCCUGGAGGGGCUUAUCAAGGUCGCGAGCUGCGGGGCGGCGGCGGACGAGAAGCAGCAGCAGCGGCAGAAGGAGGAGGGGGAGGAGCCCUGCAAGCAGCCCCAGACGGGUUCGCCUUCCAAGGCCCGCAGACCGGACGGCCAGGAGGUCGCGGCAUCCCCCACCAAGAAGCCCUGCUCCUCGCCAGACGUUGGCUCGCGGCCCGCAGCAUGCGGCGGCAGCGGAGGGGAUCAGGAGGCCUCCGACACGCCGCAGCAGCAGCCGCAGCUGCCUGGCACCACCACCACAACAGCUGCUGCUGCUGCCCGCCGCGGCGGGUCGCUGCAGCAGCGGCUGCUGACCAGUGUGCCCGAGUACAGCCGCCGCACGAAACAGGCUGCGCAAGGGAAGGCGGGCAAGGACAGCCCCGACGUCCCCCGAGUGGUGGGCACCCGGUCGAGCCAGCGUCUCGCUGCCAAGCUGCAAGCUGCCAUGGCGGAGUCGCCGCUGGACAGCCCUGUUGAGGGCAGGUAGUUCCGGGGCCUUGCGCUGGUCUCCUGCUGCUUGUGUCUCGAGUUGUUGGGCUGCGAGCAUCGCGAAGUGCGGGCAGUGGGGACGUUGUGUGGUGGGUGUUGUAUUAGGUAUCUAGGUUGUAUUGAGUCUUGGCACGCAAUGGGGGCCUGCCGGGGGGUAAGCGAGCUCCAGUCGCCGUGUGAAGGUGGUAUGCGUGCGGGGGAGGGGGGGUCAGCGGGAGUCGACCAAGCCAUGAUGCUUCACAUUUGGUGGCCCCGUUGGGACGGCCCCGAUUAGCCAAAGGAUAUGUUCUGGAUAUCUGUGAAUCGUGCUUGGGAACUGUAUUGAUUCUUCUUACAUCUUGGUUUUGAGAGACGCUAGGACACGGCCUUUUCCCAACGGCCUUUUCAUCCUAUGUAUAACUGACCAGAUUGUGUGUGUAGGGACCUUUAGGACUCGAGCUUCUUGGUGCAUGCUACUUGAUACGUGACGUCGACUACAUGACUCUGCCUAUAUUGCUGCUGACCUCGAUGACGUUUGUUUGCGCAUCCUUCCUUCCCACCGCACAUGUUUUACUUGCAUAUGCUGCUGUUGCUGUCCAUACUCGGACGACCGCCGGGCACGCAUUCGUGUCCUGCGUUAGGAGGUGUGUUGUUGCGGGAGAUGGCUGCCCGGGGCCGCCCGGCGGCUGCUGCUGUCCAAAGCAACAUCCAAGGUCGGGUCCGGACUAAGGUCGGGCUAGCAUCGCUUGGGUUGUUCCGUGCGCUGAGACGCAGCCCAGGGUGCUGCUUUGUAUUUGGAGACCGUCCUGCUGGGCGGGACUCGGGGGGGGGAGGGGAGAUAAAUCUGCC